UUAAAUUAACAGAAAACGUGAAGUGAAAGUGAAAAGAUGAGUCAGCCAACACAAGCAGCCGCAGCUCCGUCUAACAGUGUGCAGCUGAUCCCACCAGACAAGUUUGAUUUUAAUAAUGCAAAUUAAUGGCCGAAGUGGAUAAGACGUUUCGAGCGCUUCAGAGUAGCAUCAAGCCUGGAUAAACAGACACAAGAAUGUCAAGCUUUGCCUCUCCUGUUGCUCGAACUUCCCCAAGUCCCGACGAUGCUCCCCAGCAGACCUCUACGCAAUUCACUGUGCCCUCCACCACCUCCACCCUCUCCUCUUCAAUGGGCUUUGGUGACUUGUUUAAGGCGCCAGUAGGCUGGAGCUGUGAUGUCUCUUUGGUGCAGAACAAGUCAUCAGACACAAAGUGUGUUUGCUGUAUGAACCUCCAGCCCUCAGUUUGGCAGGAGAGCAGCAGCAUGAACAGCUGGUCCACCACAAGUUUUGGCACAAUGUUCUCCAAACCUGCAGGAACCUGGGACUGUGAUACAUGUCUUGUUCUAAACAAACCUGAUGCAGUAAAGUGUGUGGCCUGCGAAACGGCCAAGCCUGGGACAGGGCUUAAGCCCUCACUGACUCUUCCUCCCUCUUUCUCAGCUGUUAAGACUGUAUCCAACCCCACAGCCCCCAUCACUACAGGGUUUAUUGGAUUUGGAGACAAGUUCAAAAAACCCGAAGGUGCAUGGAAAUGUAAUGUCUGUUUGGUGCAGAACAAGUCAUCAGACACAAAGUGUGUUUGCUGUAUGAACCCCCAGCCCUCAGUUUGGCAGGAGAGCAGCAGCAUGAACAGUACGUCCACCACAAGUUUUGGCACAAUGUUCUCUAAACCUGCAGGAACCUGGGACUGUGAUACAUGUCUCGUUCUAAACAAACCUGAUGCAGUAAAAUGUGUGGCCUGCGAAACGGCCAAGCCUGGGACAGGGCUUAAGCCCUCACUGACUCUUCCUUCCUCCUUCUCAGCCGUUAAGACUGUAUCCAACCCCACAGCCCCCAUCAUUACAGGGUUUAUUGGAUUUGGAGACAAGUUCAAAAAACCCGAAGGUGCAUGGGAAUGUGAGGUCUGUUUGGUGCAGAACAAGUCAUCAGACACAAAGUGUGUUUGCUGUAUGAACCCCCAGCCCUCAGUUUGGCAGGAGAGCAGCAGCAUGAACAGUACGUCCACCACAAGUUUGGGCUCAAUGUUCUCUAAACCUGCAGGAACCUGGGACUGUGAUACAUGUCUCGUUCUAAACAAACCUGAUGCAGUAAAAUGUGUGGCCUGCGAAACGGCCAAGCCUGGGACAGGGCUUAAGCCCUCACUGACUCUUCCUCCCUCCUUCUCAGCCGUUAAGACUGUAUCCAACCCCACAGCCCCCAUCACUACAGGGUUUAUUGGAUUUGGAGACAAGUUCAAAAAACCCGAAGGUGCAUGGGAAUGUGAUACAUGUAUGGUACAGAACAAGGCAGAGGAUACAAAGUGUGUGGCCUGCAUGAGCGCUAAAGACAGCACUGCUCCAGUGUUUGGGUUGGGUGACAAAUUCAAGAAGGAAGAGGGUUCCUGGGAUUGUGACGUCUGUCUUCUACAGAAUAAGGCUGCUGAUGUACAGUGUGUUGCCUGUCAGGUGGAGACUUUCAGUUUGGAGGAGCCAGCAGAGUCAGACCCUCGAACAGUGCUUACUUUCCGAACAGAUCCCUCCAUUGCUCCCCAGGCAGGAACACCUGGAGGUGGAUUCAACUUCCCACAGCCCCGUACAUUCCUUAUUGGGUCAACUGAAUCCUUCACAGCCUCUCCUGCUGGACAGCAAACGAUUGUCGGACGCAAGAUCAAGAUAGCGGUGCGACGCAGAAAGUAG